AGGCGGAGUCCUCCGGAGCCCAGGCCAUAAAUACUGCCGAACCGACCAGCCCUGCCAGCGCAGAAAGUCGGACCCUGGGCACGCGGAAAGAUUCUGUAGACAAUGGGAAGCAAAGGAGGAUUCACCCUGCUCGGGCUCCUGCUCAUCGUCUCUGUCCUCUGCCAUUCCGGUCAUGGCCUGCAGUGCUACCACUGUCCCAAUGCAAUUGGUUUGUGUAAUAAUGCCGUCAACUGCUCAUCCAACUUUGAUGCGUGUCUUUCCCUCCAUACCGUGUUACAGAAUCAUUACAGUUGUUGGAAAUAUGGCGACUGCAACCCUCUCCAUCUUCUGGAACAGUUCGGGCAGAACAUAACUUUCCAUUGCUGCCAGAAGGACCUGUGUAACAGAAGUGGUGAGACAAGUGUAACAGGGACCACAGUUCUGCUGGUGACUCAGCUGCUCGCAGCGUUCUGGAGACUUUUCAUCUAAAUCGAUACCGGGAGAGAUUCUCCUCAAUUCCCUUAUUCCUUAUAUUCCUUGUAUAUUCCUUAUCUCCUUUGCUGCCACAUUCCAAAAGCUUUAUAUUUUCCAACUGGAUCCUGUUGGGAAAAAUUAAAACAAGCUUAAGCAACUGGAGUAAGAGCGAGAGACAGAUGUAGACUGGUCCUAUUUGCAGAAAAGCCCAUUUGCGGGAAGAAGUUUAAGAGUGAAGAGCGUGUGCUGUGAGCUAGGUUACACGCAUCUUCCUCUGCUCUCUGCAGGGACAGCUUGACUAGAUUCCCUGCGAUCCUCAGCUCUUUCCUCUCUUGGUCUUUGGAUGUAGUUACGUAGUGUGAUGGGAACCUGGUGGGGGCGGACUGGGGCAGAGGGGUUCUUUUCAGCAGUCUCUCAGGGAAUGCUUUUGUUCUCUCCGUUUGGGGCACCUAUGUUGCCAUGUAGGCAUGAUGAAUGCCCCAGACAUGGGCUGUCCAUCGGGGCACUGAGGUUUGAAAUGCAGAGUGAUUGAUUGGAAUGACCAUUAUAUUCUCAACUAGUAGGUGCCUGGCAGAGUAGGAAGUAAGCUUUCCAGAUGGCAGGGCAUAGAAACUCCAGGUCUGUCUUUAUAGAGGUACCAGUAGCUGAAAUCUGAAAUUUCUUCUGCCCCUAAAUUUUGCAUGGGCUUUGCUGUCUUUCUCCAGAAAAACUUAACCACUCAAAUUAAUGAUGUAUUAAUAAAACUGUUCCCCUCCCUUUUUCAUUGGAGUGAUGGCAUAUUUUCAUUUUGUCACAUACAGUUCAAGACUCAAUAUAUGAACAUUCUAUGCUACAUGAGCUCUAUGAUAUUAAGUGCACUUAUUUUAAGUAUUCUUAGUGGGAAUACCCUUGCUCUGUGUAUGUCAGUGGUAUGAAUGCAAUGGGAAGAGCCUUUGGGGUUGUAGUUUAAGACCUUCAGAUGUCAUCGUAAGCAGCAACAGGCUGCUGGCAUGCAGCCUGGUGACUCCUAGCCGACCUGCCACAGAUUGUGUAGAAUUCCUUUGGAAGGGCUGUUCGCAUGCUGGCAAAUGCUGAGGCUUUCAAAAGCUCUACCAGUUCCUUAGAGAAAUACCCCUUUUCAAAAGGGCGAAGUGUUACUUUAUUCUUGUGGGUGCUGCUACCUCUCAAGAUCUGGAAGACUUCAUGACGUUUGUAUUCUUAUCACUUUGGUUGCAUUGAACAGAAUAGCCUGACUUGCUAAUGAAAAUGAGAUUUAUUGGUGAACAUUUAAAAAAAAAUGCUUUGAUUAUGUAAUCUGCAAGAUAAUGUGGAAUAAAUGAUGUCUUUUUGAAAAUAAAA